ACUAAGCGUCAACAAACAUCAUCUACUUCAAAAUGCUUUGAUAACAAAAACAGAUAAUACAGUAACUAAAAUUAUAGUUAUUUUAACAAGAUAAUUCAUAAUUUAAACAAUUAAAUACCAUAUCUUUCCCUAAGUACAUAUUCGUCGAAAAAUGAGUGCGUUUUUACCUCUUCAAGUAGUCGCGCUAUUAUUUAAGCUCUGUUGGAUCUUAGUUCCUGUCCUCCUGUUCCUGUGCCUCGCGGGUACGUACAUAUUAUGGCAGAUGAACGGUUACGAGGAAAGACUACAAGAUAAAGUAAACGAUAUCGUCACCGCCUUCCUCAUGUACUAACGUCAACCGUUCUCAUGGCAACGAGUUUGUUAUGGCAACAAGGCUCGAUCAAACGAUGGCUACAGACGAGGAAAAAUUGAAGUUGGCCAAACUUCUGCAAGGAUUAGAAGUGCCUGAAGUGAAAUUAACGGAGAAUUGUCGAGAUAUAGUGAAUUUGUUCCACGAAAAGUUUGAUAAAGAGGUUGAGGAGGAAGAGAUGAGGGACCGGGUUGCCAGAGAGACGGAAACAUUUGACGAGAAUCCGUAUAAGGUUGACAAAGGGUUACUGGAAGAAAAUGAGAGAAAACUGCGCGAAUUACUUGCUAAGGGAAAACGAGCCAAAAAGGAAUAUAAAGAAAGCGUUCUUUCUGGAGCCGAUCCUAUGCGACCAUGGCGUACCCAUACCAGCAAAGAAAAGUUACUCCGCAUCGACAACGAACUCAAGCGCCAUCACGAAGUGGGCUCCCAAGCCAUAGCACCCAUGGCUGACGGCGACAUGAGGGACCUCGUCAAAGAAUGCCAGGAGGAAACCCAACUUUCUGCUAAGAUCUCAGCCGAAAGACUUAGAGAUUCAGUCGAUUCGGCAAAGAGAAAUCUACCCAAUUUUCAAUACAGGAAGAUUGAUAAUGGCACAGCUACUGCCAUCUUACCAGAGGCCCAUGAACCUCCUUCAACUCAAGAUGUAACUAUGAAAAACUAAGUUGUUUGUAAUGAUAAUACAAUAUUUUUGGAAUAUUUAGGUCUUACAUCUUGUGCAUGAAUGAAUUGCUUAUUUAUUUUCCACGUACCAAUAAUGAAUCUCCCACGUACGCUUUCUUAAAAUAAAAAUAAUGUUCAUAUUAUGAUGAACUGUUGAACCCGAGAAGAUUAAUAUUAAAAUAAACAUAUUGACA